UUGAGGGAAAGUGUAGGUAGGCUAUAGCUGGGGUCACAAAUGUAGGGACUUUGGCACUGAUUUCCUUAAAAAUUCUAUAAAUUGUUUUAGCUUUUUGUUUGUCUGCAAUUAGCCUAUAUUGUUGUGGCUAUUUUGAUGAUUCAACGGACUGAGAAUUCUGAUAUGUGGAGGGCUUAGGAGGGGCUAAUUAAUUCGUACGCACCUUUUACGCUCCACCCAUAAGGACUUAAAUGUCAGCGCGGCGGACUUGUGCUUCGCAGUCAAAGCCAGCGAAAGAGGGGAUGCUGUAGAGAGAACCAACCUCAGGCAGCAAGUUGGCUGUACUUACGAUUUUCUAUCAUAGUUCGUACAGUUGCAGUUUCGUGCCUCAAUAUGAAGACCAUACUUGCUGCAUACUCUGGAGCCAUGCGAGGCACCGGAACCAGCGUCCUCUCCUCCCUUAAAGACUUGCCUGCGACUCCUUGGAUGUCGCGAUCCAAGAUGGAAAAACAUCUCCAAGCGAUCUCUGUGCUCCAGUGGGUGCUCUCCUUCCUUGCCAUGGGUGCAGCCUGCACUGUGCUACUCGUCUACAUCUUCUGCACAGACUGCUGGGUAAUUGCAGCCAUGUACGUCGCCUGGCUCAUAUUUGACUGGAAUACUCCCAAGGAAGGAGGCCGCAGGUCGUCCUGGGUGAGGAACUGGACCGUUUGGAGCUACUUCAGGGACUACUUCCCCAUCCGGCUCAUUAAGACCCACGACCUCCUGCCCAGCCGGAACUACAUCUUUGGCUACCACCCCCACGGCAUAUUCUGCUUUGGUGCCUUCUGCAACUUCGGGACCGAGGCCACGGGAUUCUCCAAAAGAUUCCCAGGAAUCAGGCCCUCUUUGGCCACGCUGGCUGGGAAUUUCCGGAUGCCGGUUCUCCGGGACUAUCUCAUGUCUGGAGGCAUUUGCCCAGUGAAUCGUAAUUCCAUCAAUUACUUGCUGUCACGGAGCGGCAGUGGCAAUGCUGUGGUCAUAGUUGUAGGCGGAGCGGCGGAGUCACUUGACUGUGCCCCGGGAAUGAAUUCUGUCACACUGAAAAACCGCAAGGGCUUUGUGAAGCUGGCUCUUCAGCAAGGGGCAGAUCUGGUUCCGGUGUACUCCUUUGGGGAAAAUGAAGUGUACAAACAAUUGCUCUUUGAAGAGGGAUCUUGGUGGCGGUUCGCCCAGAGGAGGCUCCAGAAGAUUCUGGGAUUCGCUCCGUGCGUCUUCCACGGCUGCGGACUCUUCUCCUCUGAGUCUUGGGGCCUAGUGCCUUACUGCAAACCCAUCACCACCGUAGUGGGUGAGCCCAUCACUGUGCCAAAGUUUGAAGACCCAAGUCAGGACGUUGUGGACAUGUACCACGCCAUGUACACAAAGUCUCUUAAGGACCUCUUCGACAAUUAUAAGACCAAGUUUGGACUGAAGGAGAGUGACACGCUGCUUAUCCAAUGAGAGUGAGGAGGCGACGCCCUCGUGAGCCUGCUGACACUGACCUGAGGCCUCUGCUGCCGACUAGCCUUCCCGCCCCGCCGCACCCCGCCGAAGUACCUUACAUCGAAUAUCAAAAGCGAGAUCGUUGAAAACGCAAUAGAAAAGUGUGCAAGAGUGAAGACAUAAGCCUGUCACCCUGUUGUGAAGGUGAAAUGUCAGGAGAAACUGCAGAGAGUCUCAUUGGCCUGUUAAAUACUACUUUGAAAAGUGCUGUUAUCCACUCUCAAAUUCAGAUGUAUUAACAUCAGUACUGGAGUGGAAGAGGUAACGUUGAUGGUUCCCAUCACUUUACAAAACGGUACAGGAAGAAUCAACAGGUGCAACAGUUGUGCAAUGUGCCAUUGUUCUCCCCUGCCACCAGGUGGCAGUACUUAAUUAUUGGAAAAGAAUAUGUAGCGAUUCUUUUGAGGCUAAACAAGCUGCAGACUUGAAAAGUUCUCAGUAAAAUUGGUAUAUAUAUAUAUAUAUAUAUAUAUAUCAAUAUAGAUGUGUUUUAAUUGCACAAGCAAUGCAAAGCGUUGCCUGACAAUCACUUGACAGUUAUUUUGUUGCCAAAGAGUUCUUUAGAUGUAUGAACUGUCAUAAAGAAAGCAAGUUAUUUUAUGUUCAGUGCCACUGUUAAUCAUAAAUACCAGAAAUAUAUGCAAUCCUGUUAAGCCACAAAGUAUUAUAUGAUCUAUGAAUGUGUGUAGUGCCUUUUUCUACCUUCUAUGAAACUAAAGCAAAUUUAGCAAUUCCCACUGUCACAUAAUGCCAUUUUGAUCCAAUUUUGCCUUUUGGCUUCUCCCUCCAGUGUUUGUUUCUCAUUGUAUAGACUGCUCUAUUCAGUAUUUAUAUUGUCCCCUUUUAUUGUAAUUUCCAAUUUAUUUUGAAUUUUUUUCACCUUUUAUAAGAACUGAAUAUAUAGCAUCAAAUGAUUGGCACAGAGUCAGAUGGGCGUGGGUUUCCAAAGUAUGAAAAAAGCCAAUAAUGUUUCGAACACAAUACAGCCGUUUGGUCCACUGGUCCCAAUGUAAUACCAACAAGUAAAACAACCUCUCUUAGUGCUUCGACGUGAGGACAGUGUGGUGGAAUUCAAAUGGUUUAAAUAUGAUGAGAUUUAUCAAAUUUCUAACAUUAGAUACAUUCAAAUACAGGGCUGGUCUGAGUCCUGAGGACGAUACAAUGCAAUGCAAUACAAUGCUUAGUGGAAUAUACAGGAGGAAUGUUGAAUGUGUGUUUGAUUUUUUUUCUCUGCUUGAGUACUAGUUACUUCCUGCUGAGACAAAAAUGAGAAAGGUGUAUGUGUCUAUGGAAUUCAUGUGCAAUAAAAAAAAAAGCAAUCAA